UGAAAGCCCGAGAAACAGGAAUUGAAAGCCCGAGGAACAGAAACGCAACAAGGGAGGAGGUGACUUGCAAAACCAGGAAUGCCCUUCUGUUGCGUUCGAGGGGCGUAUAAUUAACGACCGCUGACGCGUUUCGAGCAAAGGUCGCUCGUUUUCCUCACAGGCUCGGCCCGUGUGGUGCGGAGAAAGAUUCAACUAGUUGCGUGUUUACGAAUAAGCGGGAUGAACUUCUUCCUGGAGACGCUCUGUACGCUGCUGCUAUGGCUGUACUUCAGCCUGGAAGCCCUGGUGCUGCUGGUGUUGCCGGCGCGGAGGAAAAAUGUGAAGGGGGAGAUCGUGCUGGUGACGGGCGCCGGCAGCGGCAUCGGGCGCCUUGUGGCUCUGGAAUUUGCCCGGCUGCAGACCGUGCUCGUCCUCUGGGACAUCGAUGCGGAAGGCAACCAGGAGACGGCGCGGCUGGCCCGGGAGCAAGGAGCCGCCAGGGUCCACACUUACCACUGUGACUGCAGCAAGAGGACAUCCGUGUACGAAGCAGCUGACAAGGUAAAGCGGGAAGUUGGAGAUGUUAGUAUUCUGAUAAACAAUGCAGGUGUUGUUACCGGAAGGAAAUUCAUUGAUUCACCAGAUGAGUUGUUAGAAAAAACCAUGGCAGUGAAUGUGCUUGCACAUUUUUGGACCUACAAAGCAUUUCUGCCUGCAAUGAUUGCCAGUAACCAUGGCCAUCUGGUUAGCAUUGCCAGUGUAGCAGGCUUCUUUCCAGUAAAUGGACUGGCAGAUUAUUGUUCAAGCAAGUUUGCAGCGAUUGGUUUUGCUGAGUCUAUUGCACUAGAAAUGUUAGCUGCAGGAAAAAAUGGGAUCAAGACAACCAUUGUUUGCCCAUACUUCAUAAACACUGGCAUGUUUGAUGGAUGUAAAGUCAAGUGGCCAAAUCUUAUUCCUCUUUUGGAUCAAAAGUACGUUGCCAAGAAGGUUACAGAUGCUAUUUUACAGGAACAAGUACGCCUUGUGAUGCCACGGAGCCUGUAUUUUAUACUUGCUAUUAAAAAUCUGCUUCCAGUGAAAGUUGGAAUUCUUUUUGGACGAUACUUGGGCAUUUUUGAAAUCAUGGAUAAUUUUAAGGGUCGCUUUAAGAAAGAUUGAUGUGAUUGUCAGCAAUGAUCUGGAAGUAACUGCUUUAAAUAUAUCUGGAAGAAAAUCGUGCAUUAAAAUAUCAUUGCAUUACAUUGUUGGUGCUAUUUUAUCUUGCUAUUGUUAAUGCAAUUCCACCAGCUUAAAAUAUUAAACAAACAAACAUUAUACAAAACAAAUAUAAACAAUAAUAAUACAAUAUAAACAAAUAUUAUACAAAACAAACGUUCACUGAUAAUUUCAAGCUUGUGGGAAAAUAAUGAUCCUAUUCUAGGUUAUUAAGAUAUGAAAUCUCAUUUUAGUAACUCAAAACCUGAUAAGUAAAUCUUAAUAAAGUAACACAUUGAUAAAACCUGUAAUUUGACUGCAUUUUUGUAACCUUUUGUGCUUGAUCUGCUUGGUCUGUUAAGCAAUGAACCACUGAGGAAAUAGUUGAAUGUUAAUGAUGAUGACAGAAUUACAUGUUUAAAAUCAGCAGAAAACUGAAAGAUAAGAACAGACUGAUAAAACCUUGCCUUUUUUUUGUUACUAUUUUCUGUUCCCACUUCAAAAAAAGUGCAAUUGAUGAGAAUUGAUUUUUAGAUCUUGUUACUUGUUAAUGAUUUUGCAGGAAUUUGAAGUAAGGAGUGUGUACGUUCUCUGUAAGGAGUUUGUAUGUUCUCCCCGUGACUGUGUGGGUUUCCUCUGGGUGCUCUGGUUUCCUCCCACAUUCCAAAGACGUACGGGUUAGUAGGUUAACGUGGGUGUAAUUGGGCAGGAUGGGCUUGGUGGGCCACAAGGGCCUGUUAUUGUGCUGUAUAAAUUUUUUUUAAGAGUUUUUUUAGAACAAAAGAAUUUCAAAUUGAAUUGUCUUUUUCUUUCAAAUGAUAUGCUGUUGUAUAAAGCUAUUUUGCCCCUGGUAGGUAAAAUGGCUGAUUAAGAACAUGUAUAUUUAGAAUAAAAGUUUGUGAUUGUAAUGCAUGAUUCCUGUGAGGACCAGCAUAUCAGGCAAUCCAUGAAUGGCAAGGCCACCUUGACAAUAUAGAUAAACAUUAACAAAUUUGCUAUGCUCACUGGAAUUUUAAUCAGAACUGCAGAUUUGUUUAGGAGCAUUUUUAAAUGUAGAUGCUAACUUGUUAUGCCUCACAAAGGUUGUGGAGACAUUUCUCUGGAUAGAUGAAAAAUAAUUGAAAUUGAAUGCUUGUGUAAGUGCUAACACCAAAACCAAUGUAUGAUUGUGUGUGGGGUGCACCAAUACGUUCUAUAACUCUCAGACCUACACACCAGUGCAAUUGAUACUCUUAAAAACUGAUUCUCUUAAACUUCUCUCAAUUAAAGAUGCUUUUAAUUCCA